CCCAAUAGUCUCACAAUCCCUGUUUCGGUACUCCAUCCCACCUGCAUGGCUCAGAACUCCACGGAAGAUGAUGGCCUCCUGAUAAUCCCGGAUAGUGAAGACGAGCUUGCAGAUGAUGUUUGUGAGACGCCGACAGAGGUUGCGAGGGAGAUUAUUGAAGAUGUCAUUGUCCCUGACAGUGAAGAGGGUCUUCUUCCGGAGGAUGGGGUGGCGUGGGAUUCUGUAGACCCUGUAUCGGAACUCCAUCCAAGGUGCAUGGCUCAAAAUUCCCCGGAAGAGGAUGACCUCCUCAUAAUCCCAGACAGUGAAGACGAGCUUGCAAAGGAUGUUAUUGAGAAGCCUACAGAGGUUAUGGGGGAGACGGUGGACCCAAAUCUGCUCAAAAGACGCAGAGACAACGACAUGCAUCCUAUUCGGAGAAGUCCUCGGUUGGAAGAGUUUCUAAAACUAAUGAUACCGAAAUGGGAAACACGCAUGUGGGAUGUGGACACAGAUUAGGGGAGUUUCUUCCAUACCCUAUCUUUAUUUAUGGUUUAAUUUGUAAUCUGUGUCCUAUGUGUGACUUUUGGGGGAAGCAAUGAUGAAAAUUGGUUUUAUUGAUGUUUAAUGUGAUGCAUGUG